AUGUGUUCAAGAUGUACAACCAUUCACAAUAACAAACAUCCAGAUCAUGUGAAUCAAUAUGAUCAUAUCGAUGAUAUCAGACAAUCUUUAAAUACUUUAUAUUUAUCUAUUUUAGAUUUUGUUAAUAGUGACAAUAAUAUUAAAGAUAAUAGUAGUGGUAAUAACGUCAAUGAUAUUAGUAUUAAAGAUGAUAGGAACAUAAAUAAUAAUAAUAAUGAUAUGCCAGUGGAGAGUAAAAUCAAUUUCACAAUCAAUUCGAUAUGGGAAUCAUUAAGAUCGUCAACAUCAGUAUAUGAUUCAUUAACAACAGCUGAGAAUGAAAUCAAACAAUACUUUGAACAAAUACAUACUUUUCUAAUCAACGAAGAACAUAGAUUAAAGAAACCGAUCAUCAACCAAAAAGAUGCAAUCAUUGAUCAAAUCGAUAAUAAUAUCAAUCAUUUGAAACAUUUAAUCAAUAUGAUAAAUAUAAAUAAUAAUAUCGAACAUGCCUGUGGUAAUGGUAAUGAUAAUGAUGUCGACAACACCGACACACCUGUUAAAAUACCAGAUAUAACCGAUCUCUAUUCAACAACAACCAUUAUGAAUUCAAUAGCAUUCAUCAUUUAUAACAUUCAAUUCCGACCAGCAACAUCAUCGUUAUCAACACAUACACCAGCAUCCUACGAGCUAUCAAUCAAACGACCCGAUUUUGAACAAUUGAAACUAACACUCGAACAAUCAAUUCAACUUGAAAGAAUUGAAUCAUCAACAUCGACAACAGAGAAUGAAAAUAUCACACAAUACAUCUUUUCAACACACCAUAAGAAUGGAGCUACACUUAUCAACUUACAAAACAAUUCAAUAGAACAAUUCGAGAUUGAUUAUUCUUUCCAUAGAACAUCAAUUGUUUCUGUUGGCGAAGAUAUCUAUACAUUCGGCGGAUAUGACAAUCAAACAAAAUGGAUGAAAUUCUCAAUGAAAUCAAAGUCAGUAGCACUUAUUGGUGAAAUGGAAGGAAUCGAUGGUGGAUUUUCAAUAUCAGCAUGUUAUGAUGGUCGCGAUCAUAUCUACUUGCUGAAUGCUAGAAAGAAAAACAUUAACCGAUUCAAUAUCUACACAAUGAAGUUUGAACGGUAUAGAACAUUACCUGAAGACUAUUCUAUUCAACGUUCAUCAAUGAUUUUCCAAGGCUCAUUGUAUUCAUACGAUUUAAACAAGAUGUUACAAAUCAAUUUGGUCAAUAAAGAGAUGACACACCAUCUUCUCGAUAUCAUUGCACAUUCUGCAUGCAAUGAUAAUAAAGGAAAUUUCUACAUUUCCUAUCAUCCCAAGAGGCAAGGUCAGAAUCACGGUGUCCAACGAUUCGUCAAGUACAAUAUCGAAUCAAAAGAAAUGAUCGAUUUGAACGCUAUUCCUGCCAGAUACAAUUUGAUGUAUCAUAGAGAAUCACCAACCUCUAGUUUUAUCUAUUCAAUCACUGGUAUCGAACAUGGUAAUUUCAAAUAUUCUAUCGAGAGGAACCAAUAUGAACCAUUUUUUCAACAUGAUAAAUUCAAAAGAAAUUUUUGUCCAUCUACACCUAUUUCAAUUAAAAACGACGACUACGACGACGACGACGACGACGUUGACUAA